UAUGUUUUUGUUGCUUAGGAAAAUUUGAGACUCAGAUUGAUGUCGUAUCACAAUGAGAAGUCCAAAGAUGAAGGAGCUUGAGGAGAUAAACCCAGAAGAGUUUUCAUUUUGUAAAUGACAUACUCCCUGUUAACCAACUGUAACAGUUUUUGCUUAUUGAAUGCGCGUCCUGCUGAGCUGUUUUUUGAGAAUGAACCGGAUAAGAACGAUAGGGAAAGCAUGCUUUUUGCUCAUCUUGGCUUUUCUUCAAGUCCUUUUUGUUGUGGUCAUGUACCGCAGAGGUUCAAGUAAAAUCUUUGAAUCGUUUUCCGAAGGCAAUGGGAAAAGCUGGGACUAUUCAAAAGUCAAAGACGUUUAUACCAACCUGACCUUUUUUACUCCUGCAUUUACGGAGGAGCUGCAGUACUGCCCACCUAAAUCUCCAUUGCUUGUGGGCCCCCUGAGCAUCACAUUCCAGAAUGUUCCCAGUCUAAAGAGGAUACUGAAGAAGAACCCAUAUAUAAAGAGAGGGGGUCUCUACACCCCUCCACACUGCCAGGCACGCUACAAGACUGCCAUUCUCAUACCUCACCGCAACAGGGAGCUGCACCUGCGCCACCUGCUGUAUUACCUGCACCCCUUUCUACAGCGCCAGCAGCUCCACUACAGGAUUUAUCUCAUCCACCAGGCUGGAAAUGAAACUUUUAACAGAGCAAAGCUUCUAAAUGUGGGUGUACGAGAAUCUCUAAAAGAUGAGGAUUGGGACUGCCUUUUUCUACAUGAUGUGGACCUCAUUCCAGAGAAUGACAAUAAUCUUUAUGUCUGUGAUGAAACGUACCCCAAACACUUCUCUAGUGCAAUGGAUAAAUUCAACUACAGGUUACCCUACUGGUCUUAUUUUGGCGGUGUGUCGGCUAUGACACCGGAACAGUAUAUGAAGAUCAAUGGCUUUCCAAACAGCUACUGGGGGUGGGGUGGCGAGGAUGAUGAUAUUGCCUACAGGGUGAGAUAUGCUGGAUUGAAGAUUGUCAGGGUUCCACUUCACAUUGGACAUUACAAAAUGGUCACUCACAACACGGAUAAAGGAAAUGAAGAAAACAAAAAACGGUUUGACUUGUUGGUGAAGUCACCAAAGAAAUGGAAAGAAGACGGUAUGAACUCUUUGGAGUACAAGUUAAUUUCAAAAAAGCUGAUGUACCUUUUCACCAACAUUACUGUGGAUGUCGGAGCAGCCCCUAAAGAUAAGAAGACCAAAACUAAAAGCUGAAAAGGAAUGCAAUGCCCUUGUUUGACCAGUACUGGAGGCUACAGAAAGAAGUGUAUUCUCUCUGCCUGAAAACAGCAAGAGGAAAUAUCAGUAACACACGUAGGUCAUAUCAACAUGCACUUUAAACUAGAAAGAGAGCCUUUUAACACAUAAUAUGAACAGUUCUUGACUUGUAGUUAAGUAACUGAAGGAAGGUGUGUUUUAUAGGGAUGAGGGUUCAAAACAUCCGUAAUGGAAUUCUUUGUUUAAAUAAGAUAUGACUGAUUGCACAGUACUUUUUGAUUGGCAAUUUAAUAAUCGACAGAUGUUUGCAAAAAGUCAGUUUAUCUAGGUGAAUGUCAAUAUUAAGUUGCAACUUUGUACCUGUGCUAAUUAUAGGUUUCAGCAGUGCUAAGCCAGCAAUGUUUGCAUAGUUAAGACAACGUGCACAGAUAUCAUUUGCAUCUUUUGAGGUUAAAUUAUGUUUUUCUUUGUAUUGCAUAAAGAAACAACACAACUUUUCUCUGCCAGGCUAAAUAGAACAUUCAUGCUGUGCCACAGUAAAAAUGGCCACUUUAAAUUGUUCUAUUGAAUUUAACAUGAAAUUAUAAUAAGAGAGAAAACACUUGCAUGACAAAGUAAUUUGGGAUUUUGGACAGGAUGCAAAAUAGCAGCUGGAGAGUUUUUCAGUGCUUUGUGUUGUCCAUUUCAGAAACAGCACUGCUAAAUCCCAGUCGCUUAUAAAUUCAAACAAAUACUAUUGAGAGAUCAUUUCUAAAAGGUGAUUUACACAUUUUAUAAGCAUUACACUAGCUGUCAUCAUUGUCUUCUUAUUGAGAAAGAUGAGAAAUAAUGCUUCAGGGAAUUGCAGUUCUCUUUCUGCACCUGUAUUUGAAACCCGAUUUGCUGCAACGUUUUGUUUUUCCUUCACUUGGUAUGUCGUCUAGCACCACCACUGCUCAGUGUCUUUGUGCCUUUUCCUCCUGAUGAGAAUGUCACACAAAAAUAUACAUUAAGUGCCUUUUUAAUGGAAAAAAUAUCAAGUUCCACCCACACACACACACACACUGCUGUGCAAAAGUCUUAGACAUGUUGCAUUUUUCUGCUCUGAUGCAGUAUGAGCAUCAACAAUGUACUGAAAGCCUUCACUAGUGUUUUCUACUGUUAUAACAACCUUGACAUUGUUCCAUAGUCCAAUUUCUGUGUUCUUGUGCAUAAGUCUUUUAGUCUUGUUCCCCUUUCUUAACAGAGGUAUUCUUACUGCAACACAUCCUUUGAGUCCUGAACCCAAAAGCGACCUUCGUACUGUUAAUUUGAUGGACAACGACAGCUGUGCUUUCUGCCAGUUCUGUUGUCAAUUCAACGCUCGUCUUCUUUAUAUUCCUUAACGAUAUUAUUUUCAAGUAUUGCUUAUCCUUGUUAGAUAGCUUUUUGGGUCUUCUAGUCAUGGGUUUGUCAAUUACAGAU